ACGAGCCGGCAGACGCGUCAUGCCAACGACCGCGAGCGCUCCGGAGGACAUCUGUUGAAACCGUCGUAUAUACGCGCGAUUUCACGAGUACGAUUUUUUUUCCUCCCUCCGCAGAUUUUCUUUCCUCUCACUUCCUAUCUCUGUCUCGCUCAUUGUCACUCUCUCUCUCUCUCUUCACCGUCGUUGGAAUUUAUUUUUUUAUUAUUGCCAUUAUCGUUAUUAGUAUCAUUUCUUUUUCUCACGCUUUCGGCGCGAGUCACCCGCUCACCAUCACGAGACGAAAUCCCGUCGCAGCGUAGGUUCCUAAUCUGUCGUCAUUUACACGCUAUAGCGAAUAAAUAUUCAAAAAGAGCACUUUCUCUCACCCCAGCACCCACGUCCCACCGCCGCCGCCCCCCCCAAACAAUAGUAACAUCCUAACGCCACUGCGAAUAUUGCUGCUGCAUUGACACACCGCUGCGCGCGGCCACUCGGCAACAGCGGCGGCAGUGGCGGUGGCGGCCGGCAGGCAGUCAGUCAGUCAGUCAGUCGUUCACACCGCGGGCCGCGUAACCGUCGUGCUCCGCGACCAGUCUCCCGCAACAGUGAAUAAAAUCGCACGUAAACGCCGUCCGGUCGCAGCCGCCGCCGUCGCCGCCGCGAUCUUCGGAUCACCGUCCCGCGGUCAUAACAGCGGUCGCGAUAUGCUGUUAAACCGAAGAUUGCAGCUGGGCGGCGGCCUGUUGGCGCUGGGCGUUGUGGCGCUGUUUGCGGCACACCCGCCGCCGGUCAGGGGCGGUAGCUCGCACAACCUGGAGAGCCACCAGUACAAGGACUCCAGGAAGUGUUUGUUGCACCUGACGGCCAGGACGCUGGGUUGUGGCGGCGGCGGCGGAGCUGGCGGUGGUGGUGGCGGUGGAGGUGGAGGUGGCGGCGGCGUCAAGCGGACAAUCGUGACGACCAUCAAACGUCGGCUGGACAAACGCCAACGUGGUGGUAACGAAGACGACGACAACGAUUUGGAUCAGAACAAUAACAAUUUCGAUUACAAUUACGAUGACGACGACGGCGGUGGCGGCGGCGGCGACGGCGGCGACGGUGCCGACUCCCGACAGACGUUUUACGAACCGCCGCUGAUCACCGACCCGAGGGACAGGAUGUUGCCCGUCAUCUACAGCCCGAGGCCCAUGUACGCGCCGCCACGCCAUCAGCAGCAACAGCCGCAGCAACAGCAGCAACCGUACAACAGGUACGACGACCAAGGCGUCGCCCCGAUCAGCCCGUUCGAGGUGCCCAUCAUCAUCGGUAGUUAUCAAAACGUCGACGUAAAAUUGAAUCCAGAAAUGAUCCCAGAGUGUCCGCCCACCGAAGAUGGAUUCGAACGGUUUGCUUGUCCCACUCCAGACAAGGAAGGACGGUUCAGGUGCAUAGACGAUCACGUCCUGUGUGACGGAUACAUUGACUGUCCAAAUGGCGACGAUGAAGACAGAAAAAAUUGUUUCUUCUUCAAAACAACUAAAGCUCAUCUGGACAUACUGGCAGACGCUCUUCUUCGAUGGGCAAGAGGACGCUAAUCCAAAAUGUAAUUUAAAAUAAUAUCAUGAUAAAACGCCUACGACAAUUUAAAUUCAAAAACCAUAAUUCAACAAAAUAACUCUUCUUCUAUGUAGGUUUGAUUGAAAAAUAAUAUUUUCCCCAGAAACUUGUUUAAGGUACUUAUAAAAAUUGUUCGCAUUACAUGCGCGCAAACAAAAAUAAUUUACAGGAUAAAAAUACGGAGGCCUGGCAUACGAAACGCUUUUUGGCGUACUACUACUGAUGUUACACCGGUAAACAUUUCAAAAGUCUAUUAAAUUAUAUUAACCACGUUUUCCUCUUUUUUGUGCUCAUAACAUUAUGAUUUCAUUUUAAUACUACCAAGUUCCUACAAUAGUUGUUGUUACCAAGCAUGUGUCAUGUUGAUGUAUUUUCGUACGGGUUGUAUAUUAAUUUAUUGGUUUUUUUUUAACUCUAUCUGUGGUCAAUCAGAUCUGUGAAUGAGAUCGCAAUAAAUCAUUGUGUGUUUAUUUUAAUCGUGAAUAAUAGAACUUGUAAAUAUUAUUAUUACUUAAUACUAUUACUAUUAUUAUUAUAAUUAUUAUUAUUACUACCUACUACUAUUAUUAUACUAUUAAUUUUAUUAUAUUUAUUACUACAUUUUAUUGUUCAACCUAUGCUUCCGCAUGUGUUUUAUUGUUUCCACGGCCUUUUUUUUAGAUAAUAAUACACUAUAAAUGAGUUUUAAAAAAAGGAUUCAAAAUAUUCGUUUUUAUUAAAAUUAUACACGACAUUUUAUUAAAACUAUACACGACUUUUUAUGAAAAAAAAAAACAAACCUUACAACACUUCUAUGUUUAUUAUUAUCAUUUGUAUUUAUUUACCCCGACAUUGCAUGUGCCUGUUCUACCCGAGUUUGUGUUUAACCCUAAUUUACCAUAAAUAUCACAUCACCUAAAUCCUAUUUAUUAUACUUUGACGGUACUAUAUAGCUUUGGAUGUUUCUUAAAUACACGCAGGGAUGGACAAACUAAAAACACAAGGUACAUACCUACCUGUAUGCAUUUUUAAUGAACUAUAGCAAAUUUAUGAUAAUCCUCGUGAAAUGAUUAGUGCCCAUCCCUGUAGUGUAGGUAUGUGUAUGAUAUUCAACCUAUUUAAAUAGAAUGAGACAUGCAGUUUGCACAAUUUUACAUAGUGAUGAAGACAACGUCGUAAAGGUAAGUAAUCUGUAAUUUAUUCGACAAUUACAUUACGUUUUAGUAUUUUAAUGUUCUGGUGUGCAUCGUUAUUCGUUGUUUGUGUCUCUCAAGCGAAACACGCCAACAAUACAAAGUUUUUCUUUAUGAGAAUCAUAUAGGUGCAUGUUAGUAGUAUCUGAGCUACAAUUACAUUUUACAUUAAGAUUUUAAAAUAUAUAAAAUAAUAAUAAUAAUAAUAGUACGUCAUAAACAUAAUGAGUGUAAUACUCUGAAAUAAUCAUAGAUUUUUGAGUUAAACUGAUAAAAAAUUGCACUAAUUAAAAACACAUCUGAGUGCAUAUCCUUUACAAAUUCUAUUUGAUCCUCUGGCGCACAUUCAUUACAUAACAUUAUAGUCAAUCCCAUAAUACUACUUUUAUACUUCGUUUAAUUCUUCAUAAUAUCAUACAUUAUUUAUCAUCUGUACCUACUAACAUUUAACGAGAUUAAAAUAUUACCUCUUCACUACACAUUUCUCUAUCCUCCGUAUUUAAAAAAUCAGUGAGCUGACAUCGUUUCAUUAUAAUAAGCACAUUAGUACUAAACUCUUUUUCUCAUUUAACCAUGUCAAUAGUAUAGUUAAAAAUCAAAUUACCUACUUGAAAGUUAUUAGUUUUCUCUAUACAUAAACGAAUAUUAACAAACGUAGGUACUUAAUAGUUAAUAUAUAUUUUAACAGAACACACAUAAUAUUAUAUUAUAAAAUAUUUUAUAAAACUAUUUUAUAUACUAUUAUGAUAUGUAAUUAUUAGAUACCUAAUAUAUAUAUAAUAUGUGUAUUGUGUGUACCUAUACAUAAUUAUAUUAUUUUAAAUCUGGCACCUUAUAAUCAUAAGUACUUAUUUUAUAUUUAUGGAGAGGGUAUUAAGUAAGGCUUAACGUGACAAAUAUACCAAUUAAAAAUAUGUUAUUUUUAAAAUUAAAAUGUAUAUGACUUAACAACCCACAGAACCAAAUUACAGUAAACAUUAACGUUGUUGAAUCCAAAAACCACACACUUAACUAAAAUAAAAUAAAAGACAAAUAGCACCUUUUUUGAGAUUGUUGUAUCCGUAAACCGUUAAUUGUGUAAUUACUUAACAAUGUAUAUAUUUUUUAAUAUAAAAUAUAUUAUUUGUAGAUUUAUUUAAAUGAAAAAAAAAUAUUAAAUAAAUUGCCAUCAGCCAAGUUCUCAUCAUAAAAGUUAAAUUAGAAUUCUAUAAAAAUUGUUUACAUGUUACAAUAAGAAUAAUUUCAACUUAUUUAUAAACGUCAGAAAUUGUUUCAUUUUGAGUGGUAGAAUAUCAUAAUUUAAAAUAAAAUGUAGUGCUUUUAUCAGACCUUUUGGUAAACUUUGAAAAAGUUUUCGACGUUCAGAAUACAUCUAACCUGUAGAUAAAAAAAAUAGUGUGCGGUAUUUUGCUAUACAAUGAGCCGAUAGAGUGUGUGGUUUUUGUCAAUCGACAUUUUAGGAGUGAACGUCGUAAGUGUACGGUUUUUUGAUGAAACUAUUAGCGUAUUAGAUCACAAACGGUAUUUAUUAUAGUCUUGAUCGAACAGUUAUUUUCGUGAAAUCAGUACGAAUAUUUUAAUAUUUACUUGUCAUUAAUUUAAUUCUAUCAACAUUUUAUUUUUAAUGAAAUUAAUAGGUGUAUUACAAUGUUGUGAAACGUAUUUCGGUAUUUUAUAGUGUACAAGAAUGUCAGAUUGUGUGUGACCUAACUCAUUCAAUAUGUUUAUAAAUCCUAUCCCAAUCAAGUAGAUAAACUGCUCACUAUACGUCUAUACAACUCAAUGACGUCAUGAUACACGAUUAUUUCGUCGAGGAAAUUGAUACAGCACUUAGUGUGUACUAAUUCCUACUUAAGUACAUAUUAACUUUGGUCACUCCGGUUUUAUUUAAGUUAAGCCCUUACCCCCCCCUCCCCCACACACACACACAAUAACGUCAAAUCACUGAGCUAUACGUGUGAUCGGGUGGGUGUAAUUAAAUGCUUUGCCCUUAAGUUUAAGAUAUUCUUACCACGCAACUGCAUAGUGAGUACGGCGACGUGACACUACGAAAAUUAGUGGACGUUGUAGGUACGUCAAAGUUUAGUAACGAUAUUUUAUAGUACUAUUAUUAUUGAUAAUAUUAUUUUGAUAGAUUUGCAUAAUAUCAAUAAAAGCCAAAACCAAUGCUUUGGGAAUGCGCAUAGAUGGCACGAGAGAAUAUUAUUUUAUACUCCGGUCGAUUUUGAUUGUUAUCCGACGAUAAAUUCAGAUUUAUUUUAGAAAACCCUUUUUAAUCAAAAAUUCAUUACGAGUAUAAUAUACAGUUAAAACUGGUAGUAAACAUUAUUAUAAAUUGUUAUUACUCGUAUUUACACUCAUUUUAUUCAAAUUAAAGUAAAUUUAUUAUCACAGAUACUUAGAAUUUUGAUGUAACAUACCACACUUUAUAGACUCCAUAGUUAUUAAUAAUAAAUCAUUUCGGAAAAAUGUACAAGUUCUCGACAAUUUUUUUUUUUAACGGAAAGGCUGUUAAAGUGAUUUCGUCCAGAAUUGUUUUUAACGUGUGACAAUAAUGGCUUUUAAAUUUAACAAUAUAUUUCUAACCCAUUUGUUCCAACGACGAGCAUACUAACUAAACUGUAUAGCUAUAUAUAACUCACAUAAUAUCAUACUAAAAAUGUGUAAGUACAUUAUUAUUUAUAAUAAUUACGUAUGUUUUUUAUUUUUAUUAUUUUUUGAAUGGAAAUGCCAUAAUUUAUUUUUAUAUAGAUCUUCAAAAUAAACGUAAAAUAAAAUCACUUCUCAAAUUCCAAUUCCCAUUUAUCGUCCCCAAUAUUUAAAUACAUCUAUUAAACAUGCAAGUAAUAAUUAAACCGGUGGCGUGAAUUUUUAACUUUUUGAGUGUACCUACUACUUAUAUAUAAACUUAGAUGUCUUAGUAGUUAGUAUUUAAGCAAGCCCACAAUACCGUAGAAACUUUUCACCGUAGGUAACAUUCUCAAAACAAAAUAUUCUCGAUUCACCAUUUUGUCUUCAUAUAACUUACAGACCAUAACAUAUAAUUUACAGAAGAUUUAAAAAAGCUCAAAUAGUAAAUUUUCAGUUUGAAAUAUUUUCCUAUUUAAGUGACUGAUCAGAUUCUACCAUUAAUAUGAAUAAAAAUCAUCCAAUCGACGACUAAAUUAAUUUAAACGUUUUAUGAAUUGUUAGACGUUUUUCGUGUUAUUAAAAAUAUAAAUUAAUUCUAUCCUCGUUAUUCUUUUUAAUCAUUUCAGAAGUGCUUCGAUAAUUGAUACUUGGAAAAUUAUGGUUAUAAUUCUGACGUACUCUCUGCCGUGUCUUUUUUUUUUGUAAUUAGUUUAAAUAUAUAUUAAACGUACUUUAUUAUCCAAGACAUUUAUAAAUUUUCCCUAUAAAUAUUAAAUUCCAAUUCCUGAACACUUCGUCACGGGUUUAAGGUAGUUUAACAUUAUGUAUUUAAAAUAAAAUAAUUAUAUUCUAAUAUGCGCAGAUAAAAUAAUA